GACCGAUUGAUCAACUUGGGGCCAAUGGGGCAACUAACAUGUGGUGAAGUUCCAUGCUUAGCUCCUGGUAAUACUGAUCCUACGGAUGAGGCUCUUACUUGUGCCCAAGCAGAGAUGCACCAUGUUGAGUUAAUGGCGUGUAUACCGCGUUCAUUUAAUGUGCCUACUGAGAAGAAUCCAGUUUCUGGUGGAGGCAUAGCACUUUUACAUACAAGUGUAAGACCACGAGGUCUAACUGCUUUUGAAUUACCUGAAUAUAUGAGUUUAUGGUCUCUUUACGGUCCACCUAUAAUUACUCCUAUCCAAAAUAUUUCGUCACCCCCUGUUAGUAAGCCUUUAGCUGAAACAAACAGUAGUCCAUCCGCUACUUCAAACAAAAAACUGGAAAUACCAAAUCUUGAAUCAGAAGAAGAGAAAAUCGAUGAGAAUGUAACCGAAAAACCAACUGAAUCCGACGAAAAUGCUGAGAAAACUAUAGGUGCCUCUGAAUCCACUACAGAUGAUACAAAAGAAGAAAGUUCUAAGGAUGAUGAACCAGCUGUAAAUAUGUCUGAUGAAAAUAAAGAAGAAGUUAUAAAUGAAGACAGUUUUGAUAUAGAAUCGGAGUUAUCCAAUGAUUUAACGCAUAGUUAUCUUUUGCUGACUAGAGAAGAUUCUACAAUGAUUCUUGAAGUGAGUCAUGAAAUAGUUGAGCUUGAAGUAAGUGGAUUCAAUACUACAGAAAUGACUGUAGGUGCAUUCAACUUGGGUUUCGAGUAUAUUCAACAAAUUCAAUAUGAAACAAACAGAAAAAAUAAUGUUACUGAUAAUAUGGCCGAUCAAUCGACUACUAUCACAAACACUAAAUCAACAAAACAGAAUACUGUGAAAUCUUCCAAAGAAAAUAUUGUAGGAAUUGAUUAUCCUUACAUAUUACAGGUUUCACCUACAUCUUUACGCUUACUUGAUGGUCCAAGACUCGUCGAAUAUGUUCAAGUGACUUUAGAAUGGCGUAUACAUUUAGCUAGUUGUGCUGAUCCUUAUGUUUUAUUAUGUACUGAAGAUGAUGAAUUAUUUUUAGUACAGUUAAAAAAUCAAGAUGAUAUCAGUAAAUUUAGUCCAAUGAAAAAAUCAAAUCAUAAAGUUAUCACAUCUACACUAAUCGACGAAAAUGGUGAUCAACCUGCAAAAUCAAUAUCUACAGCUCAUUUAGAAGUGAUCAGACCAAAAGUUAAACAGGUGUCUGCACCACUCUGUUUCAGCUUAUAUCAUGAUCAGGCUGGACGUUUAGCUCGAUGGCUUUGGGCUUGCAAAGACCUACCAGCUGACAAUUCAUUUUUCAACCUACACACAAAUGCUUCUCUGGAUCACUUAUUGUCUUGGCCAGAACCUGGAUCAACUGCUCCAUCUUCGGAUUUCACAUCAUCAUUCACUUCGCCACCAGAGAAAUCUUCACAUUUGAUCAGUGCUUCAGAAGAAGAAAGUAUUCUACUUUAUGGUGAACCGAUAGAAAUUUGUAAAAGAGAAGGUUCUGUAGCUCCCGGCUAUACCACACCACAACCACCCAGAUUUUUACUGUCUUCUACAUCCCAUUCAUCUUUAAAUAGUAAUAUCAUGGAGACCAGUGAUAUUAUGGAUGGUUCAGGAGAAGAAAAAUUGUCUAAGUAUUUUGCAUUUAUUGUCUUCACAAAUGGUGUGCUUGAAAUUUAUAGUUUGCCAGAUUUUACUUUACUCUAUGAAGUUCAUCAUUUCAGCGAUCUUCCACAAAUGUUGAUAGAUCAUCGAGGUGUAAGUAGUGAACAACUUCAUAAACGAUAUACAAACUCACAAAACGCACCAUACACGGAAGAUGAUAGUAUACCACCAUCGAUCUUGGAAAUUCUUGUCUAUCCUAUCGGAAUCGAUAAAGACCGCCCAGUGUUAAUGGUUCGAACUAGUCAAGAAAUAGCAUUUUUUGAAGCAUUAUGUCCUUUACCAGAUGAAGCGUAUCCUCUAAUUUCUGGAACAUUUUAUGAAGGAAGAUUACGUUGGAGACGUUUACCUCUACCUUGUCCGCUUGUUGCACCACGUCGUGUUCGAACUGAUCCAAAAAUUAUGGAUGUUCAGUCCACAUUAUUAACCAGAACACAUAUGUUGAGAUGUUUUGAAAAUAUUGGCAAUCAUCGUGGUGUAUUUGUAUGCGGAGGAAAUCCUAUUUGGUUAUUUGCUACAGAAUCUGGACAGCUUCGUGUAUUUCCACAUUCGAUCGAUGGAAUAAUGGGUAGUUUUGCGCCAUUGAACGCAAAAAUUUGUCAUUUAGGAUUUGUUUAUUUCACAUUCUCUAAUGAGAUGCGUUUAGCUACCCUACCUCCAGGUUAUUCAUUUAACGAGCAUGUGGGAAUAAAAUGGAUUACUCUUGAUCCAGUGCCUUACUAUGUACAAUAUCAUGUAGAAAGUAAAACAUAUGCUGUUAUCGGCAUUCAUUCAGAACCGUGUAAAUCUGUAUUUCGAUUGAAUGCUGAAGGCAAUAAAGAAGAAGAUGUUUUAACUCGUCCCAAAACAUGUGUUCUGCCAACAUUAGAUAAUUACUCUUUACAAAUGUAUGCACCAAAUUUAAAUGCUAAUCAUUAUAAUAAGCAAUCACCAUGGCUGUUGAUACCCAAUACACACAUUGAAUUUGAACCGUGGGAAGUUGUCACAUGUUUGAUUACAGCACAAUUGGCAUCUGAAGAAACGUUUCAUGGUACAAAAGACUAUUUAGCUUUAGGUGCAAAUUUGUCAUAUGGUGAAGAAAUACCUGUACGUGGUCGAAUUAUGAUUUUAGACGUGAUUGAUGUUGUACCAGAACCUGGUCAACCGCUUACUCGACAUAAAUUGAAAAUUUUACAUGAUGGUGAACAAAAAGGUCCAGUGACAGCUUUGACUAGCUGUCAAGGCCAUUUAAUCAGUGCAAUCGGGCAAAAGAUCUAUAUUUGGACAUUGAAAAAUACUGAUCUUGUCGGAGUAGCUUUUGUUGAUUCAGAAUUAUACAUACAUAAUUUAUUAUGUGUAAAAAAUCUAGUCUUAGCAGCUGAUGUAUUAAAAUCUGUUCAGUUGUUACGAUUUCAAUCAGAUCUACGUGUCCUCUCUGUUGUCAGCCGAGAUAAUAUCUCUAGGGAAGUGUAUACUUCCAAUUUUUUUGUAGAUGGUCGACGAUUAGGAUUUAUGGUGUCUGAUGAAUUGGGUAAUGUAACCAUCUAUAGUUAUGACCCAUUAGAUCCGUCAAGUCGUUCAGGAAGGCGGCUUGUUCGUCGUGCAGAUAUGCGUCUACCGUCUCGUGCAACUUGUUCACUUCGUGUAGCCAAUCGACUUAGACACGCACUCCUCUCGGUUAAACCAUCAUCAACUACAGCGACAACAUUGACAGCAGGAACUUCAGCGAUUAAUCAGAAUACAACUAACACUACUUUGGAUAAUUUAAGUCGUGUUGAUUCUGGUAAUCCAGUAAAUAACGUAAAGCAAUCACAACAACAACAGUCUUUAGCUACACCACAAGGUACUAACAAUCCUAACUCUAGUGUUGAUCCAGAGAAAUUUAGACAGUCUAUAUAUUUUGGCAGUCAAAAUGGUUCCAUUUAUCGAAUUGGUCCUAUACGUGAUAAAAUGUAUAGUCGCCUUCGUAUAACAGAGAAAAAUUUAAUUCAUCAUCUUGGACCUAUAUGUGGUAUGCCGCCCAAAUCAUGCUGGUCGUAUAAUCGUCCUCAACCAGAAUUAGCUAAUCCAUGCGGUAAAGUUGCCGAUGGUGAUCUGAUUUGGCGUUAUCUAACUUUACCACAUUGUCAACGUUUAGAGAUAGCUAAAAAAUCUGGUCAAAGUUUAGAAAGUAUUAUGGACGAUAUUGCGGAAUUGAUUGCAACUACAUUGCAUUUCUAAUACUCAUCUAUUUACUCAAUCGAAUCAAUUGUCAGUUGUAUCAUCUCAAUUGCACUUUUCUACAAUCUCCUGUUCCCCACAUCUUAACAAUAAUUACGAUCCAUAUCAUCAACAAACAAAAAAAGAAACUAUGUACCACAAGAGAAUAUUUUUGAAUUCAAUGAAAAAAUUAAUCAAUAACUGCAAUUUUUUGUACAGUUUUCUGUAUAGGAUUUUGUUAAUAUAUAUUAUAUAUAUUUGUGCCAAAUUCUUUACCUCCUUA